AUGAAUCCUGAUCAAGAAGUAGUCCUAAAACAGAAGAUUUUCAGGUAUGAAGUGGCUUGGGGAAAAAGAGAGGGUUGUAGUGAACUGGUGCAAGCUGCAUGGAAACAGAAUUUUUUCGAGAGACUAAAGAUCACAACUAUUAGGAAAGUGAUGGAAGUAUGCAGAAACAAACUCAAGUCCUGGAGCAAAGAGGCAUUUAGAAACCAUAAGAGGCUACUAAAUCAAAAAAGAGAAGUACUAAGGCAACUACAAGAGUCUGAUCUAGGCCAGCAUAGUAGCCAAAUUAAAUCUAUUCAAAGAGAGUUAGAUGGACUUCUGGAAGAGGAAGAGCUGAAGUGGAGACAAAGAGCCAAGCAAAGGUGGUUGAAAGAUGGAGAUAGGAAUACCAAAUUUUUCUAUAAAUGUGCUACUCAAAGAAAACAAGUAAACUUUAUUAAGAAGGUUGCUAGUGAGGAAGGAGUGUUAGCAUACAAUCAGGAAGAGGUUGCCAAAACUUUCCAAUUCUUUUACCAAAACUUGUUCACCACCUCAAAACCAUUGAGUAUGGAAGCAGCUCUGCAGUCUUUCAAGCCUUCAGUCAGUGAAGAAAUGAAUGGUUUGUUAGCUCAGGAGUUUACAGAAAAGGAAGUGGUUACAGCCAUUAAUGGCAUGAACCCGCUGGGAUCUCCUGGCCCAGAUUGUUUCCUAGCUGUCUUUUACCAACAUCACUAG